CUAAUAUCUUGAUUGGCGCAAACACCCCAAUAUGCCCCGCCCCCAAGCGGAUUGUUUGGAAUGGUCAGAUGGACCGAUGGAGACACGGGAUAACAAUCCGGACCGCUGGAAGCUUGGACAUGUGAGCGAAUGUAAUUUUUGAAAAAACACACUUUUGGCAGAGUGGGGUGUAGCUGUAUAAGGGAAAGUCAUGCCGCUGGUAAAGAGGAAUAUUGAACCCCGGCACCUGUGCCGCGGGGUACUGCCCGAGGGUAUUGGCAGUGAGCUAGAGUGUGUUAUGAACAACACACUGUCUGCAAUCAUACGCCAACUCAGCAGUCUCAGUAAACACGCUGAAGACAUUUUUGGAGAGCUCUUCAACGAGGCAAACAUGUUCUAUUUGCGGGCGAACUCCCUGCAGGAUCGAAUUGACCGACUUGCCGUCAAGGUGACUCAGUUGGACUCCACGGUUGAGGAGGUGUCUCUUCAGGACAUAAACAUGAGAAAGGCUUUUAAAAGCUCUACUGUGCAAGACCAACAGGUGGUGUCCAAGAGCAGUGUCCCAAUCCCUGUGGUGGAGAUGUACAAUUUGAGUGACAAACCUCCACCUCUCAAUAAUCUCACACCUUACAGAGACGAUGACAAAGAAGGCCUUAAGUUUUACACUGACCCCUCCUACUUCUUUGACCUGUGGAAGGAGAAGAUGCUACAAGACACAGAGGACAAGAGGAAAGAGAAGAGACGGCAAAAGGAGCAGAGGCGAUGUGUGGAUGGCACACUACAAAGGGAGGUGAAGAAGGUGCGAAAGGCACGAAAUCGAAGGCAGGAGUGGAACAUGAUGGCCUUCGAUAAAGAACUGAGACCUGACCUACGACACACUGUGCAUAGAGGAGGGUCUACAGAAGGCACGAUGUCUCCAGAGCACAGGUCUCAUGGCCAAGACCAUACAGAUCAUGGCUAUCUCACCAUGGCCAACCAUGCUGGCCAUGCACACACUUACUCUGGACCUACACCCAGUAUGGCAGCUCUGUCCGCCCUUACUCAAAUGAACAUGGACCAGGAUUACAGGGCUGGGUCUAUGGGAUACCGUUCUGGCACACUGGGUCGUCCACACCAGGCCCCACCCCCUCCACCAUCAACAAACACAAUGAAUGGCUCCAUGACCCUGCCACCUGUCGACUACAGUUUGGAUUACAUGAAUUCUGGGCCCCCACCUCCACCCACAGCUAAUAUCCCAUCAGCACAAACAGCGUUUGGUAUGCCACCCAUGGGACUAGUCCCGCCUCCAGGACCAAUGGGAGCAUCCACUGGCUAUGCCCCACCUGUUCCACCUAUGUCUGGACCAAUGGCUGCCCCUUCUCCACCUGUAGCCCCGCCCCCUCCUCCCAGUACAACCCAAUCCAUCACUCCCAAACGGCCCUCUGUGCCUAAUGAAGCCCAGCCCAUAAACGAUGCUCGAAGUGACCUGCUGUCUGCUAUACGAAUGGGUAUUCAGCUGAAAAAGGUUCAGGAACAGCAGGAGCAGCAGGCAAAAAGAGAACCGGUGGGCAAUGAUGUGGCCACCAUCUUGUCUCGCCGCAUAGCCGUGGAAUACAGCGAUUCUGAGGACGAAUCUGAGCUAGAGGACAAUGACUGGUCUGACUAACACUAUACAUGAUGAUGCAAAAAACAUAGGCACAAAGGUUUACAACACUAAAUCACAUGACAAUGCAUUGCAUUUCUCACGUACAUAAUGGCCCCGUCUGCAUUAUAAUAUAAAUAUGGAUAACAACUAAACAAUAUAGUCAAAUAACUUCUUUUCCCCAAACUAUGUGUAAUGUUUUUUUUUAUUUUGUAAUAAAUAAACACUUAUUAAUACAUUUUAUGGACAUACAGUAUACAACUAAAGAUGAUUAAGCAUGAUGAAGGAUCUGGAUUGGAUCUUUUUAACAGUCAGCUCUGUAAAGUUUUGAAACCUGCAUGAAAGUUUAAUACUAAAUGUAUGUUAAGAUUUGAGGUCAGUUAUUAUGACGCAAGAUGUUUUAUUAAACUACCUGAUGUUAGGUAACAGUGGAUUGUGUUCACUCACUAGUGUCUCAUGUCUGGGUGUGUGAUAAAAACACGACCGACAGCUGGCACCGUCUCAUGAUGCAAAAUCUGACGAAUCAUGUUGAAUCACAUCCCUUUCUGAUCCAACCCCCGAGUGCCUUCGUCAUGGAAACAGGACAUUUUUGAUUCUGAGACUCGGUCUCUAUGGAAACAGUACAGCUGAGACUCGGCUCGCCAUGGCAACAGUGGAUUCGAGGCACUCGGCCAGUUGAUGUUCAAGUGUGAAUAAACCCAGGCAAGGAUAUUUUUAAUGCACAGCACAUUCUUUUAAUACAAAAUUAACAAGAUCUCUCAAUUCAUUAAACUAAACAAAGCAAAAAAAGUAUACAACUAACACCUUGGAAAAAUAUACAACACGUUAACACAAUGUUUUACAAUGUCUCAGUUGAUUAGUGCAUGUUGAUUAAAAUGUUUAAUAUUGUUUUGCAGAUAAGUCAUUUGUUGUGCCUUUUCUCAUCAAAAAAUAAAGUGCAUUUCACAGUUAAAACUA